AUGGCAACGAAUUCACUUAAGAAAAUUCUCUGCACCUUGUCUCCAUCGAUGGCACCAUCAUCAUCAUCACUGCUGGCACAGGGAACAUCAUCGUUGACGUCAUCAUCAUCCAUGCAGGCUUCCUCGUCCCCACUUCCUCCUCCCCCGCCACCCAGAGCAUUCCACUGGAUGAAAAUGGAUCAACUGCUGGAAACACGUCAUGACAUCAACAACAACGACAGUAACAACACUAUCAACAUCAAUAACGACAAUAUCAAUAACACAAUUGGCGACACUAACAACCCAAUCAACAGAAGCAACAACAACAACAACGAUAACGUCAACAGCAACUUGAAUGACAACAGAAGCAACACAAACCAUGAACUGACUGUUGGCGAUACAUCUGGCCAACAUUCCAACAUCAGUGACAAUUUCAAAGAUGUGGCUGUUACUGGUUUUGACGAGAAGAGUCCAGAUGUUUGGUCACUACAAUCACCUUCAAACAAAACUUCAAUCCAGACAGCUGUGGAUGACAUUUCAACAAUGAAACCACCAACAACAACGGCCGCAACAACUAAACCAACUGCAACGUCCUUCACAACCGCACAAAACUCAACAACGUCUGAAAUAAAAUCGACAGCAGCUCACGAUUUUAUCAACUCAACGAUGCAGCAACCACAAAAUCGGCAACAAAUGGCAAUGCUCAAUCAAUACAUUCAACAAAAUGAUUGCACACAACAACAACAACAACAACGUGAACCAUAUCAACAUCAACAAAAAAUAAUUUCUCCGUUACAUUCCAAAAAUCAAAUGCUUAAAAGCGCCAUCAGCAAAUCGUCAACUAUUGAAAAAAAAGUUGCUUUCAACUUAAACAACACUCCGUUAGACAAUGCUGCUUCGUUUAAAUUUCAAAAACAACAGCAACAACAAUAUCAACAACAACAUAACCUACAUGAACGUUCGCAUAAUCAAUAUCAAGAGCAUCUACAACAUCAACAACAUCGUCAACAACUACAGACUCAUCAACAACAACAUCUUCUUCAUCGUCAACAACAGCAUCAACAACAUCAACAACAUCGGCUGUCAAAAGACGAGAGUACAGAUAGAUGCAAGGCAAACAUAAGCAGCAACAUGUCACUGAACGUCUCCGAAGAAAGCCCUAACUAUAUAAAAACAUCACCGAUUCUUCCUGACAAAAUUAUCAACAAUCGAGAAACAACACACAGUGGUUGCAGUCAUAGUGGUAGUAGUUACUGUUGCAGCAGCAGUGGUAACAGCAGUAGUGUUGGUGGCGUUGUGGCUGUCGCGAGUUGUGGUGGUGGUAGUAGUGGUAGCGACACGUGUGAAGUUGACCAGUGUUUGAUUGUUUAUAAAGAUGAGAAACUCUCAAAAAUAAAAGAAGUGUCUGUGUGA